AGAGGAGUACGAUGAAGGCGACACAAAAGGAUUACUGGUACUUCAUGGUACUUGUGAUUUUGCUGGGUUUUACGAAAGAUGCCAUCCAAGACAAACCUGCUGACUCCAUUGUAAAACUAAAGGACAGCAUAACUCUGGAAUGUGUGUGUCCUUGGAGUGGAAACCUCAGCAUGAUAUCCUGGAUGAAGAUGCCACAAAAGAAACAUGUUGCUGUGUUUCACCCAGAGUUUGGUGUAGCACUGUCUGAAGAAUAUGAUGGAAGAGUGGGGUUCAUCAGGUCAUCCCCAAUGGACGGAAGCAUUUCCAUCAAUAACACAUCGGCCAAUGACACCGGCCUCUAUCACUGCUCUGUGCAGACAUUUCCAAAGGGAUCAUGGACCAAAACCAUACUUGUGAAAGAGUCAGUUGACAUCGACCCAACGACACCUUACAGUGAAGCUGUUGAAACGGGUAGCACUUUCACACUACGGUGUAACUAUGUGGAUAACGGCACGGUAUACCAAGUUACCUUUGAGAAAGUGGGAAACAAAAGCGUAGACAUAAUAGCCCUCUGUAAUGUGGUGGAUGGGAGUUUUGUGGGUGCGGACUACCGAGAGAGAGUGGCAGUCAACUGCCACGAUGUGCUGGAUGUCAGCCUACAGCUGAUGAACGUGACAGAGGAGGAUGGAGGCCUUUACCGCUGUCACUUCAGCUCUGAUGCUGGGGAUCAGACCAUGACGGUCUCUGUGACUGUUCCAAGAGAAGACAGCUCCAUAAGUCCCCUGCAUAUGAACUACAUGUACAUUUAUAUUGGAGGUGGCGUAUCAGGAUUUGUAUUCCUAACUGUGGUCAUUACAUCAGUUUGCUGGUACAGGAGGAAGAACAGGAGGGCAAGAAGUAGAGCCAAGCAACACCCUAUUCAAAGACGGCUGCUCAACAACUAUGAACAAGCAGCUGUUUAUGACAGAAUGAAUAAACGAACAAAGCACGUAGAAGACGACGUAGUGUACGCCAACAUUCCAAGUCUGCCACGUCACACCAAGAGGAAGACCUAAUGUCGCAAUGUUUCCAAUACCUCACAGAUCUGAGGCAUAAUUACUAUUGGAAUGAGUUUAAGGGAAAUUUAACUUAUACUUGCUGGAGUGUGCCCCUGCCACCCUCCCCCAUACACUGCAGGGGACAGCUUGAACUGCACCGUCCUGUUUUUAUGAUGUCAUUGUCUGAUGUCAUAUUCUGAAUUCCGAUUUGGAUUUCUUGAGGACUGAGGACAAGUCUUAAGUUCAUGGAGCCUCGCAGUUACCAUCAGCCUCCAAAGGUGUGUUGUUUAAAUGAAAAUUACUGUGACACAGGGCAGAUAUUAAGAGAGGGUCAUUUAAGCUUUGCGUUAUAAAUAACAAGUGGAAGGGGGAACAAGGUAAAGAAGACAGUACAGUUUCAUAAAAUACUCACUUGUGAGUGUUGCUAGAUAUAGCUUGAAGUGGGCAGUGGGCAACCUAAUACUUUCUAAUCAUUGAUUCUAAUGCUGUGUGCUCUCUAACUGGUUCACCCAAACAAAACACAACCAGAUUAGACAAGCAGGCCGUCUUCUUAAGUCUUUCUUUUAGUGAGACUGCGAGGUGCUGUAGUUAUCUUUGGGGUGGAACUGAAAAUCCACUGAGUGGAAAUGAAAGAGAAACUAUCGCGAGGGACAAAAUACUGAGGAAGUGACUGUCGUGCUUGCAGGCUACGCACGGGCAAAACCCCUAGCAUGGAAGUUUCAGGCAUGAAACUGUGUUGUGUUUGAGGUGGUCCUCACAAUGUCGCAUAUUGGAGAAAUGACAGUAAAGCCCCAAAGGACAGAACUCUGGCAAAUGCUUCAUCUUCAAUCCACAAGGACCAGGACACAAAAAAUAAUGAUUGGAGAUGUUUUGUCUGCAUUGUCUGAUGAUGGAAAAAAAAAAGACAAUUUCAUUUGACAAUGUUCAUUCGGAAA